GGGUGUGAAGAGGUUGCACUUCUUGAAAAUCUACAAGCGCAACUGUCAUACAUACAAAAAUCUCUACAAUUCUCUCUGUCUUCUCUUGAAAAAAUGAUCCAAUUUUAAGGUGUUCUAAUUUUUUAUUAUGAAGGAGAAGAAUAGUGCUACUGCAUCGGUACUUAAGCGUAUCUUGUUGAAUUGUUCAGCUCAGGCCAAACAAUAUGGUAGCUGUGUUGCGGCAAGGGUUCCAGAAGUUGAACGAGACAUGUGCUUAAAAGAAUUCCUUCUCUUAAAGAAUUGCAUGUGGAAUGUUCUCCAACGAAAGGUUUGAGUUCAAGGAAGUUUAUCAAUUUGGCAGGAAAACACUCUAGGCAUCAUUGGUAAAGCUUCACUGUUGCUGCAGCUUAGACUUAGUUUAAACACGUCCUACCAAAUUUUAGUUGCAUAGAGAACAGGAAAACGUUGACAUGUCUGGAAAAGCAUCUUCUUCUAACCAUCAUGGUUUAAAUGUAUCUGGUGCUCUGUCACAUGUUUAUAUUCAAUAUCCACCUUUAAGAUGCACACUCGCUGGAACAAGAAGUUUCUUGUACGAUGAUGGGAAUAAACUGCUACUUCAACUGACAUCUGAUCGGAUUUUCUCAUGGAAGACUGCUCCAUAUGAUCCUAAUGUUUUUCCAUCCUCUGAUCCACUAUGCGAAGGCCCUGUGCUGUGUAUUCGAUAUUCUUUAGAUUUAAAGCUCUUGGCCAUCCAGCGAUCUAAUUAUGAGGUUCAGAUCUGGAACAAGCAAACAGGAGAUACUUUCAGUCAGAAAUGCAGGUCUGAAUCAGAAAGUAUUCUGGGAUUCUUUUGGACAGAUUGUCCAACUUGUGAUAUUGUAUUUGUUAAAACAAGUGGACUGGACUUCUACUCUUACAAUCCUGAGUUAAAAUCACUCCAUUUGGUUGAGACAAAGAAAUUGAACGUUAGUUGGUACAUCUACACGCAUGAAAGCAGGUUGGUGCUUCUUGCUUCAGGCAUGCAGAGCAAGAGUUGCACGGGGUAUCAGCUUUCAUCGGCUGGAAUCAUUCGCCUGCCUAGGUUUGAGAUGACAAUGGCAAAAUCUGAGGCAAAUAGUAAGCCUAUUCUUUCUGCUGAAGAUGUCCAUAUAAUCACCGUGUAUGGCAGAAUUUACUGCUUGCAAUUUGAUAGAGUUGCAAUGCUACUGCACUCAUAUAGGUUUUACCGGGAUGCUGUUGUACAACAGGGUUCUUUGCCAAUUUACUCUAACAGGAUCGCUGUUAGUGUGAUUGACAACAUUUUGCUUGUUCAUCAAGUGGAUGCGAAAGUUGUCAUUAUAUAUGAUAUGUUUGCAGAAUCACGAACACCUAUAUCUGCUCCACUUCCUCUAUUGCUGAGAGGUUUCUCUAGAGCUUCAGAGUCAGAAGAGUUGAGUGAUGCUGAAAUAAUCAUCUACGGAGAUGACUGGUCUUUUCUUGUUCCUGAUCUUAUAUGUGAUGUUGCUAAUGGUUUUUUGUGGAAGAUCCAUUUGGAUCUGGAGGCUAUUUCUGCCAGUAGCUCUGACACGCCAUCAAUCCUUGAAUUCUUGCAGAGAAGGAAAUUGGAAGCAAAUAAGGCUAAACAGUUGUGCUUGGCAAUUGCUCGCACUGUUAUUUUGGAAAGAAGAUCUCUAGCCAUGGUUGCCAGGGCAAUAGAUGUUUUAAUGACAACCUACUCACAGGCAGUCAAAACAGGCAGUUAUCAGAAGAGAACAGAUGCAGAAGAGACUUCACCAUCUGGUGUUUCUAAUUUAAAUAGCCCCAAUAGAGUUGUUGAUGAAUCCAGUGGAAUAGAUGCAUCUGGAGUCCAGCAGGAACCUGCUCGUGGCAUUGAGAAUGAAUCCUCGAAUAUAUUUACACAAUCAACAUCAGGUUCUGAUGGAAGUGUGAGCUUUGAAUCAAAAAAGAUGACUUCUCAUAAUCUUGAUUCAUCGAGUGGUAUAACUGAGGGAGGAUACAUGGUGGAGCCUGAAGCAUCUGGUGCUCAAGUUGAUUCAUCAGUUGUACAAUCUCAAAUUCUUGUAGCUGGUAACAAAGCAUUAAAUGCUAAUGCUUCUGAGCAGCAGGAAUCCCAAGUGAGUUCGGCAGCAAUUUCACCAGCAGAUUUGUACAGAUUCGUGUUUGCGGCUAUUGAGGAAGAGAUGUUGGGAGAUGCAUCUUACUUGAUUUCUAUCAUUGUUGAGUUCGUUCGCAGUGCUAGCUUUGAAAAAUUGAAGGUGGAUCCAAAUACUUAUGUCUUCAUGGUACAACUACUAGCUCGAGAUGAACGUUAUGAAGAACUUGGAUUGUUUGUCAUAAAUAAGAUUAUCGAGCCCUCAAAAGAAGUAGCAUUACAACUGCUAGAGUCAGGCCGUCAGAACAUUCAAACACGAAAACUGGGGCUGGAUAUGCUAAGAGAGCUCUCAUUGCAUCACGACUAUGUGUUGCUGCUUGUUCAAGAUGGAUAUUAUCUUGAAGCUUUGCGUUAUGCUCGGAAGAACAAGGUCAACACUGUCCAGCCUUCACUGUUUCUUGAAGCGGCUCAUGCUUCUAAUGAUUCACAACACCUAGCUGCUGUUUUGAGAUUCUUCUGUGAUUUUAUUCCCGGCUUUAAGAACACUGCAGAUCACCAUGCAUAUUGCCGCAUAGUUGCUGACAUGAAUUCGUCGAUCGCCACCUGAGAUGUCUGUUCGAGAAUGAUUUCAUCACUCUGAAUCUGGAACCCUACCAUAAUUCAAUGCAUGAAAUAUUAUUAGGUUACUGUUCUUCAAGUGCAUAUUGUACUUAAUAUCCAUGUAUCAGAUAUAGAUAUUUCUGCACAUUUAAAAUAUAUUUUAUGCGACUUUUAGCGAAUUACUCUUCUCCAA